AUGCUCAGUGGUAAAUGCUUCAAGGAAAACUGCUACAAUAAGCUUGUUGGCAAAUGUAGAUGCGAAGAAAAUAUACUAUUCUGCAAUGAGCACUUACCUGAGCAUUUCCAAAAGUCCAGCAAUAAAGGGCAUCAAUGGUUGAGCUCGCACUUCAAGCCAGCAGAUGAUAUAAAGCAGCCAAUUAUUCAGAAGUUGACUGAGCUUAAAAAAGAUAUUAAAGCAUAUAGAAAUAAAGCGCUUAGAGAAGCAAGUGAAAUAAUCAAAAACUUUAAAACUACAUUUGGGAAAUAUCUAGAUCAGAUUAAUUAUAUUGAUAACAGAUGCAGCAAAAUAAUUGAAGGGCUGAAUAGUGGAGAAGAGUUUCUUGACGUCUCUACUGAAGAUGAUAUGGAAAGUGUGCUUAAACUUAAUGCACAGAGAGCCCAAUUAAGAAUGGCUGGAUGGGAUACAAAACAAUGCUGUUUGGACUAUAGUGAAAUAAAUGCAGCUAUAAGUAAAACUUAUAUAACUCCCUUCAAUCCAUUUGUAAAGGGCAUAGAAGAUGCUGUUGAGUCAAAUGAACUCUCUUUUUUUAGGAGUGGCUCUCAAAAUUUUGCCACAAUAAACUUAGAUAGUUUUCAGGUAACUUCUAUACUGGAAAAUCCAUUUUACUAUCUUCGAUUAGCAUAUAUUAAUAGGAGCUAAAAAGAACUAUAAAAUUUUUAUUCAGAAAGGAUUACUGCAAAAUUUAUUAAUUGCAAUACGAUUACUCUUCAAAUUGCGGAAAGCAUUCAUGCGCAUACUUCAAGCUGCAUACUGCCUGAUAAAUCUUAUUUUUAUUUUGGUAAUCCAAGUUAUAAUUAUGGCACUACAUUUAUGGUAGACAAAAAUAAAACCGUUCGACUAUUGCAAAAAGCAAAACAAGGUUGCUAUAUUGAUUCUGUUUUUUAUAAGAAUUUUAUGUAUUUGAUAGGAGGAAGUGCUAAUAUGGCUGAAAGGUAUGAUUUUGCACAAAAUCAGUGGCAAAGCUUAGCUCCAGUACCUCAAGGCUUGAGUUUUCAAUAUAGCUGCAGUAUAUUAUUGAAAGAUUCGAUUCUUAUAACUGGAUAUAGUCUCAAUAAAAUGAUAUGCUACAACAUCAUUCAAAACAAUUAUAAAGAUGUGCCCAAUUUAGUGCUAAAUGUGAAUUAUUAUAAAUUUAUGAUUAGAGGGAAUAACAGAAUUUAUUUAGUUGAGAAAGGAUGCAGAAUUAUGGAAAGCGCUGAAAACGAUUAUUCAGGCUGGACUCAAGUAGGUGGCUGCGGUAUUGCAAAUAACGCCCCACUUCAAUCAAGUAUUGUUCGUUAUAAAGGCUUUCUUUACUUCAUUCAUUUUGAUAGCCAACUAUGGAAAUUCGAUCUGGCUUCAAAGCAAAUUUCUCAAGUAAAAAACGUCUAG